AUGGCGGACGACGGCGUGUCAUUCGUCUCGGCUGCGCAGGCGAAGGAGAUCGACGAAAAGCUCAUGGGUCCCGAGUUCGGGUUCAGCAUCGAUCAGCUCAUGGAGCUCGCGGGUCUGAGCGUGGCGUCGGCGCUUUGCGAGGUGUACCCCCCCCGAUCCCACAGCAGGGUGCUCGUGCUGUGCGGCCCCGGGAACAACGGGGGCGACGGCUUGGUCGCCGCGAGGCACCUGUUCCACUUCGGGUACGAAGUCGAGGUGUGCUAUCCGAAGCGCACGGAUAGGCCCAUAUACAACGGCCUGGUCACCCAGCUGAGCACCCUGGGGAUCCCCUUCGUGGACGCCGAGACGCUGCGAGGGGGUGACCCGCUCGUGACGACGUGUGACGUCGUCGUCGACGCGCUGUUCGGCUUCUCUUUCACCGGCGCGCCUCGAGCGCCGUUCGAUGCGUUGCUGGAGCUCUUAAACCCGCACAACUCUCCUCCGCCCAUCGUCGCGGUGGACAUUCCUUCGGGGUGGAGCGUCGACGAAGGAGACGAGAGCGGCGAAGGUAUGCGACCCGAGCUGCUCGUGUCGCUGACGGCGCCGAAGCUCGGCGCGAAAACUUUCAAGGGGCCGCAUCACUUCGUGGGAGGAAGGUUCGUGCCCCCGGCGAUCGCGGAAGAGUUCGAGCUCGUCCUGCCGCAGUACAUGGGAAGCGAUCAGUGCGCGAGGGUGUCAGGGCUACUCACGCCGGGCGGGGGCGGGUUCGGCUUCAUCAAGGGACCAACCAUGGGGGGCGUCCUGAUGAAGUCUCCGGCGAACGAGAGCGCGGAGGAGGCGAAACGACCGCCGGGAUAUUGGGAUACCUCGAGCGACGAGGACGAAUGA